AACCUCACCACCAAAAACUUUAUCCCCAUCAACCGAUUGCAACCAUGUCUGCUGAACACUCCCAGAACGUCGAGUACCUCCGCUCCAAGCUGCGUCAGUUCAACGACUUCCCCUCCCCCGGCAUUAUCUUCGAAGACAUCCUCCCCAUCUUCCAGGACCCAAAGGCCUUCAAAACCCUCAUCUCCACCCUCGCCGCACACCUCCGUUCCGCGCACCCCAACCUCACCACCCUCAUCGGCCUCGACGCUCGUGGAUUCCUCUUCGGCCCCUCCCUCGCGCUCGAGCUCGGUGUCGGCUUCGUUCCUGUUCGUAAGCAGGGCAAGUUGCCUGGACCUACGAUCUCGGCGACCUAUGAGAAGGAGUACGGACAGGACGUCUUUGAGAUUCAGGAGGGUAGCGUGAAGGAGGGUGAUGUUGUCGUUGUCGUUGAUGAUAUCAUCGCGACUGGUGGAUCUGCUGCUGCGGCAGGAGAGUUGGUGAAGAAGAGUGGUGCGAAGACGGUUGAGUAUAUCUUCAUCUUGGAGUUGGACUUCUUGAAGGGGAGGGAGAAGUUGGAUGCGCCGGCUUGGACAUUGUUGAGUGGACAGAAGGAGGGAGAGAGGGAUAUCUAAGCGUGCGAACGAAGGAGCUGCGAAGAUGCGUGGCACAAAUUAU